AUGGCUGUCACCAUCUCAGACGCCGCAGUCGAGGCGCUGAAGCCUGUCCGUUUGCCAGACGACGCGUCACUGGUCAAAUACGAGGACAGUCGUCUCACUUGGCUGAGCGAAGCUAGGAGCGGCAGUGAAGAUGCAGGUAGUGUCAAGACAGAAGAGAUCGUCCUCAUCGCAGAGCUUUCAGGCGGAGGUUAUCUCAUCCUCGCCCUAGGCCAAGGCGAAGAAGGCGCCGCGGAGCCCUUUCAGCUGUCAUCUUUCACGGCACCGAGCCUGCCGCAAGAUUUGAUCGACCGAUUUCUCCUCAAGAAAAUUCCGGAAUACCUUUCAUCCAGCAGAGAUUCAAGCCUGGACGUUAUCCUUUCCUCGAAAUCCGGGACAGGCCAGGCCCAGAAAUUCUACGACACAGUGCUGCAGCCUCUCCUGGGAGCACUUGGCCUCAGAGGCGAAGGGGCAUCGGCAGGCGUUAACUCUCCAGCAAACGGGAAUGUGUACCAAGUGACCAUCACAAAGGAUGCAGACAGUGUAAAGGAGUUUUCACGAGAGAGAUGGGGCCGUGAUGAACGGUCUGCCGGUGGUAGUGGGACUGUCAUCCUGCUCGCCGGCGAUGGGGGCAUCGUAGAUCUCCUCAACGGAAGCACGCAGCCCACAAAGCCAGCGCUGCUGCCGACCAUCGCCCUCAUCCCACUCGGCACCGGGAACGCGCUUUUCCACUCCUCACACAAGCCCCACUACGCCGUGUCCGACGGGCCAGCACCGUCGCACCUGGCCCUGGCGCUCCAGGCACUCCUGAAGGGCAAGGCCUCCCCACUGCCGACCUUCGAGGCCUUGUUCCCACCGGGGUCCCAUCUAGUCGAGGAGAAGAAGGAACCCACGGAGGCCGCCCCCGCGCCGGUCUCCCAGCUCACGGGGGCCAUCGUCGCCAGCUACGGGUUCCACUCCCAGCUCGUCUGGGAGUCCGAUACCCCCGCGUACCGGCAGCACGGCGACAAGCGCUUCGGCAUGGUGGCGCAGGAGCUUCUCAAGGAAGGGCACGCCUACGCCGCGUCGGUCGACACGCCCCCCUCCUCCUCGUCUGCUCUCAGCACAACCACUCGGUUCAACUACAUCCUCGCCACUAUGGUGUCGAGCCUGGAGAAGACCUUUACCAUCUCCCCGGAGGGCCGGCCGCUCGACGGAGAGCUGAGGCUUGUCUACUUCGGCGACGUGGGAGGGCAGAAGACCAUGGAGAUCAUGAUGGCGGCCUAUAACAAUGGGGCACAUGUCGGGAUUGAGGGCGUGGGUUACGAGGCUGUGGAGUUUGUGAAAGUGACCACCCAUGAGGAGGAUGCGAGGUGGAGGAAGGUCUGUAUUGAUGGGACGAUCGUAGAAAUACCGCAGGGUGGAUCGAUGACGGUCAAGAGGAGUCCUGAGCCACGGCUUCGAGUCCUGGUGCUGGGAGCUUGA